AUGAAAGAUAUAGGUGUAACUAGGUAUAUUUUGGGAAUGGAGAUAAAAAGGGAUAGAGCUCACAAAAAGAUUUGUGUCAGCCAGAGAAAGUAUGUGAACUUUGUGUUGGAGAGAUUCAACAUGACAGAUUGCAGACAAUUAGUUAAUCUAGUGUUACAGGAGAUGAAACUUUUUGUGGAAGAUUGUCCAAAGUCUCCUAUUGAGAUGGAAGAAACGAUCAAAGUUCCUUUUGCAAGUGUUGUUGGUAGCCUAAUGUAUGCUUUCAUCUAUACGAGGCCAGAUAUUGCACAAGUCAUGGGAGUCCUUAGUCGGUUUAUGGAUAAUCCUGGAUGGGUGCAUUGGGAUGCAGUGAAGCGAGUGUUCAGAUAUUUGUGGGGUACCUUUGAGUAUUCCUUGUGUUUUCAUGGUAAUCAUACUAGACCUCGACAUUCCUUGAGUAUUAGUGGAUAUGUUGACUCUGAUUGGGCAGGUGACACGGAUAGCAGAAGAUCCACCAGUGGAUAUGUGUUCAUGAUGUUUGGUGGUGCAGUGAGUUGGAUGAAUAAGAAACAACUUGUAGUCGCUUUGUCCACUACUGAAGCAGAGUACAUGGCAACUACUUAUAAUUGCAAACAAGCCAAUUGGCUUCAGAGAUUGUGCUCGGAUAUUGAUGGAAAGGUCAAGUUGGAGAAAGUUGAAACUUUGGCGAAUGUUGCUAAUGCAAUGACAAAGCCAAUGAGCACUGACAAGUUCAAAUGGUGUGCCGGUUCUAUGGGCCUUGGGGCCUUGAGUAGUUGA